CAUCGUAAUGUUAUUUAAGGAAAGAUAGAGUAUGAGAGGAAGAAGAGAACUGUCAUCUUUACGCUAAAAUCUCACGAAGACGACGACAGAGCUCAAAUUCUAGAUGGACCGUCACUGCUCAAACUACGCCGUCGUUUUGUUCGUAAUUCUGGUUUCCCUGAUAGCCGACGGGAGAGAGCUCCGGCCGUCGGAGCACGGCUUGGGGAAUCAGGACUCAUCUUCGGGAAACACGUCGGAGAUGCACACUUUCUUCGGUGGUUCGCCGGAGUCUUCGGAGCUGCCGGAGGCCAGGAAUUUUACGGCCUCUUUGUGGAACGGCGUCGCCGGCGGCGGCAGAAGUAUCGGAGGGAGUUCACGUGACGGGAAAAAGGAUGACGCGAUAAGAGAGGCGCUGUUUGUGGCCAGCAUGGUGUGUGGACUAACCGGCGUCGUUUUGGUCGUCGCCUCCGCGUUCCUCCUCAUUUUCCGGCUCCGGAAACGGAAAAGUGAAACGACGUCGUUGUCAGAAGCUAACGUCGCCCAGAAGUAAAUGGAUGUGUACCGCGUAUACUGUAGUGCGUUCCAUCCAAAUUCCAAAAGCAAAAAAGCGGAUAUUUCUCAUCUUUUUAUUUUUUUCUCCUUUUUAUUCCCAUUUUUGUUAUUAUUUCUUUCUUAACUUGUAAGUUUUAACUUACUUUCCAAAAAAAAAAAAAAAACACUUGUAAGUUUUAACCCUCAUAUUAUCCAUGUACAUUGAUGAUAUUUGGUUGGAAAGAUUGAAUUUUUAUGCAUGUUUUGUAUAA